UUUCGCCACGAUUUCUACGUCAAACAAAGCAAGACCCCCGCCAUGAUCCGAGCCACGUGUAUUUCGAACAAAGGAUAACCGCCGGCUGUGAUCGAUAACACUCUAUCUCCUAAUACUUUUCCCUUGGCGUUGGCAACGGUUGUAACCUGUGCCUGGCAAAAGUGGGUUUUGCUGUACCUCUUGACCCGCAGCUCGAUCUUUCCCAUCUUUCAUCCGAUGGCUACUCGAAGUUAUGCAGACGUGGCACCGACCGCUGCAACUAUAGCCUUGAACGCCUACAUCUACGGCUAUGGAGGCCACUCAUUAGUGACACCACAUCAGCAACUCAAACAACGAUGGUGGACCGACGAGAGGAUAGAUGCGAAAGUGACUCGGUCGUUCGUGAUCAGCAAACUUCGUGGCGAGGAACGCGACUUCCUCGACAGGCCUUUAGCGUUUGGCGAGGGCUUGACUGAUGAUACUUACAUGGACUGGAUCCUCGAUCGAGCGAAGCGACUUUUCUUAAUCUUGACCGAAGUCGGUGUACCAGACCAGAUCUUUGGUUGCAUCGACGACUCUUGGGACGAUGACGACCUUCCUCUAUCGCUUGAGAACGUCGAGAACCUGGAGCUGUCCUACAAGAACGAUGAAGUACUCAACAAAAAGUUCUAUGACAUGCAGUUCACGUUCUUGCUUCGUGAGCUCAAGCAAGGCUCUCACAUCGAUUAUGGGUCCAAAGAGCAUAUUCCGAUGGAGCACGUCAACACAUUACCUCCAGCUGUCACACUUCAACCAUUCGAUCGUAUUCACUUUCCCGGUAAACCGGACGAAAUCUUCAUGCGCAGGAAGUACUCUCUCGUUGACAAAGUGACCGGUGAUAGACACCACGACAAGUACAAGCGCGAUAUUCGAAAAGCAAGGGCUCUGGACCACGAGCACAUCGCAUCCUGCUGGGCAUCGUACACUUCUGAAAACGCCGGCUUCAUCAUUUCCGACUUUGUGGCUGAGCACACACUUGCAACAUAUAUUGAGCACCGGACGCCCACGCAAUACAUGAAGGUCGUCGCAUCGGAACGACCGGCGCUGCUUUGCGAAUGGAUGCACUGCCUUUCGGAUGCCUUGGCAUGCUUACACAGUCGUGGUGUCGCGCACACUGCAAUCCGGCCUUCCAAUAUCUGGAUUGACAAGGACAACACCAUUGCAUUCGGAGAUGUUGGCUCGCUCAGUACCUUCCAAAGAGGCAAGAAAGCUCCCAAAACGGAAGCAUACGAUUAUGCAGCGCCCGAGUCACACAUUUCACAGACACCUAUUACCUUGAAAUCCAGCUCGCCUCCAGUCAGCAGCAUGAGCGCCUUCUCCCGAUUGCGUAAAAUGAGCACCAGUACCUUCACCACCAUCGACACAGUCAGCUCUUCAGAAUCUUCUGGAGCCAGCAGCACGCGCAGCAAUAGUUUCGUGGGAGGAACCACUAUCGGCAGCCCGAUCACAUCGCCCACGGUGUCAUCUCGAGAUGGACGAUGCAACAGCAUCACGACGAUACGCACCCCGGUCACACCCGCACUCGAAUCUGAGCCUCGCUCGCCGCAGUCCAUUCGCAACUUCUCACGGCAAUUCGCUGAGACGUGCCCGUCCCCAACCGUGCCUACAGGACCCUAUCCACCACCGUCCAUCGAAACUGCAUCUCUACUCCUUUCACGACCUAGCAUAAUAGACGCUGCUACUCUUUGCGAUCUGCCGAGAGCAGUCCCCGAGAUGAGCGACAUUUGGUCACUUGGAUGCAUUUUCCUCGAUAUCCUCACAUUCAUGAUCAAAGGCAAGAAUAACGAAUUCAUCAAAUUUCGAUCUACGCGCGUAACGACGAAGAACCGAACACGAACGGAUUCUUCUUUCCACAAUGAGCCGGAUAAGAUUUGGGCGUGGAUCGACUUGCUCGAAGAGGAGAGCACGCGCCACGGCGAGCAGAUCUAUCGUGGUGUGCCGGAUCUGUUGAGAUUGAUCAGAUCAAUGAUGGCUCAGAAUGCAACGCUCAGGCCCACGGUGCGAGACGUCCGGGAUCGCAUCCAAGAAAUCAUGGUUGGCGAGUGCGGAGUAGAAGUUCUAUGCUGCGCUGGGCGAGAAUGGUCCGAGUUCUCGAGAGGCGAUCUCAAAGACAACAUCAGCACUGCAUCUCCUCGAAGAGGUCGCAAUGACUCUCCACUGGACGCAGACGCCAGCAUUGCUAUGGGUAUGAUCAGCCUCGAACCACCUCGGAAAGGCAGCGAUGCUGGAUCUCGCUACAAUGACAACCGACAAAGAGGCAGCGUUGCCUUAGAACAACGACUCAAUGCUGCAGAACAGGAUGCGCUUGCCCGAACAACAUCACAUUUUGGAUCUUCUGCGCAGAGAAGACGCAGCUCGGCAUCCACUGUCACAGCCAAAGUCAGCUCAUGGCGAAGUAAAUUCUUCAGUGGAGGUGGUGGCAUAACGGCGUGAAAGGCAUUUGUACAUGGCGCGGAAUUCUGACCAACUCUCUAUGUUUGGCAUAUUUCUGCAUUGUUGCAUAAUUUGACGUGUAAUAUAUAUUCCAACCUAACUAUGGCGACGCGAAUCUGAGCGAGCUACUAACAAGAUACCCUUCGGUAAUGCGUAUUCCAAUAAAUGAACGAAUGAAUCAUAAAAAUCUCACGUCUUCCUCUCCUUGAUUCGCACUUUCAAUCCACUCGGUCUCGACAUCCAAUACCCUUCAACGUUCCAUUCUUCGUCUUCAUCACCCGCCCACUCG